AUUAAAACGCUGCUAUUCAGUGGGUCGGUCAGCAGCGAGCGCAGCAGCUCCAGCGCUCCGAGCUUUUUACGCACCGAGAGUCCGCUCGGAUCUCCUCUCAGUCCACAGCAGCGAGCCUGCCCGCUCCUCAGGAACGUUUUCUCUUUCAUUCACCUGGAUUUCACUCUCUCCAGCCGGAGUCUGUUUGGAUCUGUAAACAGGGGAAUCUGAUUUUUUGUUGUUGUUGUUGUUGUUGUGCGCACUUUAAGUUGGCUCCUCGUCUGCGCUGCUGAACUCCUGAAUGUGUUUGCGGAGAGCGGAGGGGGUUGACAAAAGGCUUUUUUUUUUUUUUUUUUUUUUUAAACGGAGGGGGUACAUGUAGCGGAGGGGUGCGGGCACCACGCAGCGGGUGAGAGUCGGGUGCUUUCGUGGCAAAGCUGUGGCGUUGGAGUUGUGUGCAUGUGUGUGUGUGCGUGUGACAAAUUGUGCGAUGAGGAAGACUUCUUUUAACACCCGCACCAGCACCACAACCAGCGCCGAGGAGGUCAGGGCUAUGGCAUCCCUCCGCCGCAGUUUGUAAGAAGGAAGAUCUGUGUGCACUGUAAGUGUCGUCGUGAGGAGCAUGCAGUGACAGCCAUGCCUGUAGAGAUGGAGAAGACGGUCACCAAGCUGAUGUAUGACUUCCAGAGGAACUCGACCUCAGACGACGACUCCGGCUGCGCCCUGGAGGAAUACGCCUGGGUACCACCGGGGCUCAAGCCCGAGCAGGUUCAUCAGUACUACAGCUCCCUGCCCGAGGACAAGGUGCCCUAUGUGAACAGCCCAGGAGAGAAAUACCGCAUCAAACAGCUGCUCCAUCAGCUCCCGCCCCAUGACAAUGAGGUACGCUACUGCAACAGUCUGGAUGAUGAGGAGAAGCGUGAACUGAAACUCUUCAGUAACCAAAGGAAACGGGAGAACCUGGGCCGCGGGAACGUCCGGCCGUUCCCCGUGACGAUGACUGGGGCGAUCUGCGAACAGUGCGGAGGCCAGAUAAACGGCGGCGACAUUGCUGUGUUCGCGUCACGGGCAGGCCAUGGCGUGUGCUGGCAUCCGGCCUGCUUUGUGUGCAGCAUGUGCAACGAGCUCCUGGUGGACCUCAUUUACUUCUACCAGGAUGGGAAGAUCUACUGUGGCCGGCACCACGCAGAGAGGCUGAAGCCGCGCUGCACCGCCUGUGAUGAGAUCAUCCUUGCGGAUGAGUGCACUGAGGCAGAGGGCCGCCACUGGCACAUGAAGCACUUCUGCUGUUUCGAGUGCGAGACUGUGCUGGGGGGCCAGCGCUACAUCAUGAAGGAGGGACGUCCCUACUGCUGCUCCUGCUUCGAGUCCCUCUACGCAGAGUACUGCGACUCCUGCGGGGAACAUAUUGGCAUUGAUCAAGGCCAGAUGACAUACGAUGGGCAGCACUGGCACGCCACGGAGGGCUGUUUCUGUUGCGCCCGCUGCAAACGCUCUCUCUUGGGUCGGCCUUUCCUUCCCAAGCAGGGACAGAUCUUCUGCUCCCGCUCCUGCAGUCUGGGGGAGGAGCCCAAUGGCUCAGAUUCCUCUGAUUCUGCCUUCCAAAGCGCUCGCUCCACCAGAGAGUCCAGACGCAGCUCCAAGACAGGAAAGAUUGGAGGAGGUGGGGGUGGAGGUCAGACUGAGAGAUUUUCAGGGGAAGUGGACCCGCUGUCUUUACAAAUGGAUCUUCUUAGUCUCUCCAGCCAAACGCCCAGUUUGACUCGUGAGCCACCUGCCUGGCAGAGCCAAGAGCAAGCAAAGGACGACUAUAAUUAUGAACCCCAAUCAGACCCAACUGUCAACCAUCCUACCCCUCUACAGCUCCUCAGCCAGUGCAAUGUCAGGACUGCCUAUAAUCCCACCUGCCCUGGACAGAACAAUCAACAGCAGGAUCAUAGGAUCAAGGACAACGGAGGUUUGAAGAGACCACCCAUCUCAGCCAUGAAGGGCAAAUCGUUCAAUGAGACAUGGUUCCAGCAGCCAGCUCCUGAGGAGUACUAUCCUCCCAAACUGAGGACCCAAAAGAGCUUCACGGAGGUGUCUCAUUGUUCUCAGCACCACAACGGCUUCUCCUCUGACAAGCGAUCGAUCAGUUUGCACGGCUUUCAGAGGGACAGAGAUGUGGGGCCUCCAGCAACCCAGGUGGCAAGAAGCAGAAACCCCAUCAAUGCACUUAACUUCACUGAGCAACUGACUCCUCUGGAGCAGACCCCGAGAGGAUCCAUGGAGUCACUGGCCCUGUCCAAUGCUACAGGUAACUCAGCAGAUGGAGGAGGAAAGCGUCAGGAGCACCUUUCUCGUUUCUCCAUGCCGGACCUGAGCAAAGACUCUGGAAUGAACGUGUCUGAGAAAAGUAACAUGGACACCCUCAACUCCUCAUUGCAGUUUCGUAGCUCUGACUCCAUUCACAGCCUCACUGCCGGUCAGCCCUACAUGGAAAUGGAGCCUCCCAGGUCAGCCCCAUACAAGUUGCAGUACUGCGACCCCUCUGCCAUGGGCGUGGGUUUGAGUAUGAAUCAUUUACCGCCUGGCUUCACCUUCCAGGAGGAGGAUAGGGUGAGUUUAGUGAGCAGCGCCAACGCUGCCCGCUUGCCACCCAUCAGUGAGCGCAGGGUGGGAAGUGUCAGUGGUGGAGGUGGAAGGAGGGCAAGUGUCCGGAUAGAUGCCCCAGAGGACACUCCCCAGAGGCGCCGGCACCACCACCAUCGCUCCCGGAGAUCACGUCGGUCUCGUUCAGAGAACGCUCUCAACUUGGUGGCAGAGCGCAGAACGAGACCACAAGAACGACCACAGCUGCUUGUCCGUGAGGAUUAUGACCGUUUCCCACCACCAAGGAGCGCCAGGGACCAGUUUGGAAUAGGAGGUGGAGGGGGAAGAUACCAACCCCAACCCUUCAGGCAGUGCCCCAGGACCACUUCAGACCUGACUCUACAGAAUCCGGGGGCUGGCCGACGCACUGGCUUGAACCAGUACUCCUGGGAUGAUUAUGACGACGACGACUGGUGCUCUACCUGCUCAUCAUCCUCCGAAUCGGAGGAUGAAGGGUACUUUCUGGGCGAGCCAAUCCCUAGACCCAUCCAGCUGCGCUACCUCAGCAACCAGGAGCUUGUCCAUAAGUACAACAAUGCAGGGAUGGGCGGACCCAACCGCAGCGGGCAGUUACACACCCGCAAACGCAGAAAAAGCAAGAAUUGCAUCAUCUCUUAACGUCCUGAGUCUUGGAACAACAAACGAUUCUUUGUCCAGCUUGUGUACACUAACACCCACCAUCUGGAACGAAAAAUAAAUAAAACUCACAGUCCAUUUAUUCAGUAUUGUUGAGUGUUGAAUAUCAAGUGAUUGAAAGUCAGUGAUGAGUUACAGUCGGUAAACAGUGAAAAAGCAACAGUGUUUGCAUGUUUGUUCAUUUUAAUGUUUCGGAAUAUCUCCUGAGUAUUAAGGCUAACAGUUACAUCAAGUCACAACGUUAACAAAAGCUGAUGUGCAAUUUUCUCAUGACUUCAUUCCCAUGCAGCAAACAAGUGUGCAAGGUAGUCUUUGGUACAGUUUAGCUUUUUCAUGCAAUGUGAUUUAGACAUAGGAUAUACUGUACUAUUGUAUUCAGUUAAUAGUAUGUACAUAGAUAAAUGAAUUAAUAAUUUCACUUAAGUUAAGGAAGUGUGUGUAAAUAUGGUUGUAAAUGAGGCCUCACAUAUUUUUAUAUUUUGUAUGGAUAGAAUCAUUUAUGUAUUAAAUAUCUAUAAUGUAGAGAUAGAAAAUGGCAAAAACAACAUAUGCAUGUUUUAUUUGGCUGACCUGAUCCUGCAUUUGGAAUAAAGGAGUAUUUCAGUGAG